CAUGGCCAUUUUAAUGUUGAGGGAAUUUUUUUCCCUUUAAAUUUCCCACACAAUCACACCUGGGACAGUCUCAUAAUACUGUGGAAAGUUUGGUUGUUGUAUCGCGAGGCGUUUAAAAAUUAUAAAAUAAUUUGAGUUUUUUGCUGAUAGUGAAGUGAUUUUCCAGUUGCACGGAUUCUAUUUUCCAAACGUUAAAAUGGUCAGGAAGUAUCAAAAGAAGACUGACAGAUUGGAUAUUUCAGAAGAAGCCAUCGUGCAGGCCCUCAACGAUUACAUAAAUGGGAACUACCACUCUAUUAGGGAAGCAGCAGAAGCACAUGGACUAAAAAAAUCAACGCUUCAUUUUAGAUUAAGUAAAGUAAAUAAAAAAGAAAAUGAAGGACAUAAACUUGAGGACAUCGAUUUGGAAAAAGAGCAUGAAGACUUACAUCAACCUGUUAAGUCGAUUACAGUAGAAGAUAUGGCUCCAGUUUACAAUUCGAAAUAUUCACAUAGGUAGGAUUUUACUCCAGAACAAGAAGCCAUGAUUGUGGACUAUUGUAUUGAGAGGUCAAAAAUCAAUUUCGGCCUCACAUAUUCCAUGACAAGAGAACUUGCCUACAAGUAAAAAAUUUAGGGUUAUCCCAAUUUUAGGGUUUUGGAUUUCCGCUCCCACAAUUGGAUCAUGUCGUCCGACAAGUCUAUUGGUAUUGCUACCUCGGCCAGCCGCAAGAAGAAGCCGCACCACUUUUGAUCACGCGAUACAACAUUGCAGGCAUUGACGUCUGUCAAAAUUGAUCUAGAGAAUAAGCUGUUCUUCGGAUUUUCGAACCUGACAGUUGCAGCCUCCGGUCAGUUCGUCGCACCAACCAACCAGGCGAAGUGCUUGCCCAUAUCAACAAGGGCAAUUGGUUUUUACGUUUCAUCUAUUUUUACAAAAAUUCACGAGCUAUACAACCAGUAUGCUGUCGCCCUGAACCUCAACGAGCGCAUUCCUCAGAAGUGGCACACCACCAAGUCAGCUGGAGAAGAAUGGAUGUAUCACUUCAUGAAAAGCCAUUCAGAUCUUUCCCUUAGGCAAGCUGAAAACACCAGUUUGUCUCGCAACACAAGUUUCAAUGCACACAAUAUUGGGUUGUUUUUUGAUAAUCUCGAAACUGUGCUUGCAAAAGUGAAUCCCCCACCUUCAAGAAUAGUAAAUUUAGACGAAAGUGGUAUUAGCACUGUAUUAGAGGCACCAAAAGUAAUAGCAGCUAAGGGUACAAAACAAGUGGGACAAGUAGUAUCUGCAGAAAGGGGAGAGCAGAUCACCUUUUGUGCCUUCAUUUGUGCUGAUGGAAGCUAUUUACCUCCACUUUAUAUUUUUCCAAGAAAACGGCCAAACUUUGCUUACAUGAUAGGUUCACCUGAGGGCUCCAAAGACCUGUAUUCCAGCAAUGGUUGGAUGAAUGUAGAACUUUUUUUAGAUACUUUGAAACAUAUUCAGGUGCAAAAAGAGUGCUCCAAAUCGAAUCCUCUAGUUUUAAUUCUUGAUAACCAUGAAUCGCAUGUUGGUCUGGAUGUGGUUAUGUAUUGCAGGGACAAUGGAAUUCAUUUGCUGACGUUUCAUCCUCAUACGACACAUUGUAUGCAACCACUUGACACGUCAGUCCUUGGACCAUUCAAACGGCGCCUUGCAGCCGAGUACAACAUCUGGCUAUCCGAAAAUCCUGGCCACACAAUCAGCAUCAGAGAAAUUCCCAAAUUGAGUAAAAAACCGUUUAUUGAGUCUUUCACUGAGACAAAUAUUAAAAGUGGUUUUCGAAAAGCAGGCAUCCAACCAUUGAAUCACCAUAUUUUUACUGGUGAAGAUUUUAAAGGUGCAAGUGUGACUGAUCGCUGCCCUUCUACAUCAGCUUAUCCAGACAGAAGUGUGCCAAGUAAGGGUGCGUACACAAAGAAAGCUGGUUGCCGGCGCCGGAAAACCAGCCGCUGUAAGCGCGUCCUGGCUUGA